AACCUAUAGACUCUCUCUCUCUUUAUAUCUCCCACUCAGUCAACGCAGCCUUUAUAUUUUACUCUUGUGAAUUGCAUAAUUGACCUUAUUAGGUUUUGUUUGACACACGCCUCCAUCUUCGCAACGAGAAGAAGAAGAAGAAACCAUGGCUUCCUCUGUAAUCUCUUCCUCUCCGUUCGUCUGCAAAUCCUCCAAGAAGGAUUUGGGACUUUCUUCGUUCCCUAAAUCAUCGCAGAUUUCGGUUAAUAGAUGUCAGAAGAAAUCGAUUUCUCGGAAGAUUGUCUCCGUGAUGGCUCCACAGCGGUCAUCGAGCACCACAGGAUCGGUGAAAACUGGGAUGACGAUGACGGAGAAGAUUCUCGCAAAGGCAUCAGAGAAGUCACAAGUGGUCCCUGGUGAUAAUAUUUGGGUUAACGUUGAUGUUCUUAUGACUCAUGAUGUCUGUGGACCUGGUGCUUUUGGUAUCUUCAAGAGAGAGUUCGGUGAAAAGGCUAAGGUUUGGGACCCGGAGAAGAUCGUUGUUAUACCAGACCAUUACAUAUUCACGACUGAUAAGCGUGCAAACCGCAAUGUUGACAUCAUGCGGGAACAUUGCAGGGAACAGAACAUCAAGUAUUUCUAUGAUAUCACCGACCUUGGAGAUUUUAGGGCUAAUCCGGACUACAAAGGUGUUUGCCAUGUCGCGCUUGCACAAGAAGGUCAUUGCAGACCAGGAGAGGUUUUGUUAGGAACAGACUCUCACACUUGUACUGCUGGAGCAUUUGGUCAAUUUGCUACAGGGAUUGGAAACACUGAUGCAGGCUUUGUGUUAGGCACUGGAAAAAUCCUCCUUAAGGUUCCACCAACAAUGAGGUUUAUCUUGGAUGGUGAGAUGCCCAGUUAUUUGCAAGCAAAGGAUCUGAUUUUGCAAAUCAUUGGUGAAAUAUCUGUUGCUGGUGCAACUUACAAGACAAUGGAGUUCAGUGGCACAACUAUUGAAAGUCUUACUAUGGAAGAACGAAUGACAUUGUGUAACAUGGUUGUGGAAGCUGGGGGAAAGAAUGGUGUCAUCCCUCCUGAUGCGACGACAUUUAAUUACGUUGAGAAUAGGACAUCUGUUCCCUUUGAGCCAGUAUAUAGUGAUGGAAAUGCAAGCUUUGUCGCAGAUUAUAGAUUUGACGUGUCUAAGCUGGAGCCUGUGGUGGCUAAGCCUCAUUCUCCUGACAACCGGGCUCUAGCAAGAGAAUGCAAAGAUGUGAAAAUUGACAGAGUAUACAUCGGAUCUUGUACUGGUGGGAAGACGGAGGAUUUUGUGGCUGCAGCUAAACUUUUCCAUGCAUCAGGAAAGAAGGUCAAAGUCCCAACUUUCCUUGUCCCGGCUACUCAGAAGGUGUGGAUGGAUGUGUAUGCCCUCCCGGUACCUGGAUCAGGAGGUAAGACAUGUGCACAGAUAUUCGAAGAAGCUGGCUGCGACACGCCAACAAGUCCUAGCUGUGGUGCCUGCCUUGGUGGCCCAGCAGACACCUAUGCUCGUUUGAACGAGCCUCAAGUCUGUGUCUCGACGACAAACAGAAACUUCCCCGGUCGGAUGGGACACAAAGAAGGGCAGAUUUACUUAGCUUCUCCUUACACAGCUGCAGCCUCGGCUCUAACUGGUCAUGUCACCGACCCAAGAGAGUUCUUGCAGUAGGCUAUAUAAUCAAUGGCUGUGUGCAAAAAAAAAAACCAAAAAAAAAAUCCAAAUGCUGCAUCAAGAGAACAUUGUUUAAUGAUGAGCAUUGAGAAACUAUAUGUAUGUAUUUUCCUUGUUUCGCUGUUGAACUUAAUAGCUUCAAGUACUAUCUUAAACUUUGAGUUUGAAAGAAUAACGAGAGAGAACAGAGUUAGAGAAGUCAACGGUCAUAUUCUAAUAAUAACACCAGUAGUGAUUAAUUUCAUUGCAAA